CACUCACACGGUUCAGGUAGAAUGCCCCCGCGGUCCCUCGUGCUGGUGUCGAGCCUCCUGGCGCUGGCCCUGUCGGCCGUGGCCGAGGCCCACUGGAUGGCGCUCGAGGCCUCGUCCUCGUCCGAGUGCUGCAGCACGUGCAUCGGCAAGACGUCCAACACCGUGUACGACUACGACCCCGUCAUCUACGCGCAGUGCUCGAACGUGACCGGCGGCAUCUGCUGCUUCGACUGCGGCGACCUGGGCGAGCCCCAGUACGGGGACACGGUCUCGUACGCGUCGGACGGCGUCACGGCCGUGAUCACGGCCGGCACGUACGUCUCCUUCACCUGGAGCAGCGUGGUCAACGUCACGUACAUCUCGCUCAAGACCGGCCAGAAGAAGACCAAGACGCCGACGAUCUCGGACACGGCGGCAGACGAGAAGUCCAGCACGUUCCUCAUCUGCGCCAAGGCCGCGGGCACCAUCUACUUCCGCGGCUGGGGCAGCGACUCGUGCCGCGAGGCCUCGCAGGAGUACUCGGUGACCGUGGAGGCCGGCGACUCGAGCACCAGCACGUGCGACGCCAGCGACGUGACGGUCACCACGGCGUCCAGCGCCGGGGGCGACACCUCGAACUCCGUGGCGCAGGACGACACCGUGGCCGAGUGCAAUGCGCAGCGCGCCAGUGUGCAGGUCGUGGACGGCACGCAGACGUGCGUGUGCGUCUCGGACUGGACCAACCCGCCCGAGUGCGACCAGUGGCCCAUCUGGAAGUGGCUGGUCACCGUCGGAGGUGGCGUGGCCGCGCUCUUCUCCAUCAUCAUCUCGGUGCGCGCGUUCCUGCAGGGCCGGAAGAAGAAGCAGGAGGCGGAAGACCGCGAGAACUUGGCGCCCAUGGGCAGCAAGAGCGACGUCGAGACGCUCGAAGUGACGCCCGACAGCGGCUACCACAGCAACGCCGCGUUCAAGUACGACCCCGAGGCGGACCGCGCACCCGGAGGCGCGCGGAAGGCGGACGACCGCGAAUUCACGCUGUGA